CUUUAUCGUCUUCCUUCAAAUAAAUUUGUAAAAAUAGAUAAAAACCUUAUCCUUUCUCUCUCUUUCCUUCUGCCAUGGCGAUUUCUACUAUUCUCCUAGUCUGUGAUUAGAAAAAAAAAACGGAAGUGAAGAUUUUAAGAACCGUAACUUUCCGACCAAAUCGGUAAGAGAUUCUUGAUUUGUAUCUUUGUGAUCUGGAAGAUACGGUGAUGGAGAUGAUGUCAGGAGGACCUUCGUUCUCAAUCGAGGUCUCGGAAUACGGUAACGAUCCGCCGGCGACGGAGAAGGCGUCCUCCUCCUCCUUCUCUUCCGGUGACACGGUGAACGAGGAUGAAGCCGGUUUGAGUCGUCUCGGAAGCGGUAUCUGGUCGGGAAGGACGGCUGAUUACUCGUCGGAAAGUUCAUCAUCGAUCGGAAGUCCGGGAGACAGAGAGGAAGACGAAGAGAGCGAAGAAGAAAACGACGAAGAGCUAGGGCUUCGAGGGUUGUCUUCAAUGAGCUCUCUCGAAGAUUCUCUUAUCAGCAAAGGUUUGUCGAAUCACUACAAAGGUAAAUCGAAAUCGUUUGGGAAUUUAGCAGAGAUCGGGAGUGUUAAAGAAGUACCAAAGCAAGAGAAUCCAUUGAAUAAACGAAGAAGGUUACAGAUCUGCAACAAAUUAGCAAGAAGAUCUUUUUACUCGUGGCAAAACCCUAAAUCUAUGCCUCUUUUCCCGGUCAACGAAGACCACGAUGAGGAUGAAGACAAUGAUGAAGAUCUCAAAUCUAGUGAUGAAGAGCGAGGAGGAGCGAGAGGAGUUAGUUUUGCUAGGAAACCUUCGUUCAAGAACAGAGCAUUGAAGUCUAGGAGUUGUUUUGCACUCUCAGAUCUACAGGAAGAAGAUGAUGACGAUGAUGAUGAUGAAGGUCAAUAAUGCAAAUCGUUAUAUUUUCUUUGUUGAUAGUUAUUUUUCUUUGUUCUAUGCAUGUUCGAAAACGCGGGCGCGGAGAGCGAUUACGCAGCGUCGAAGCGUUCGGCGGAGGUCAGCCGCGGCGAUUUCAUGAAAAUCGGUUAAGAAAUCGGGUUCACCAAAAAAGUUCGAUUUUUCAGAUUUUAAAUGCUUAAAUCGAAUUGUACAUGCUAGAUCUGUACAUGCUAGAUCUACGAGUUUGCUGAAAAAAUAAU